GUGUGACGUCACUCCACAAUCUCUAAACAUUAAUAAAACACGAGUUUAAAACUAUACCUAUUUAUGUAGACUAAAAAGAAAAGAAAUGUAUAACCAUUUUAAGGGAAUGGAUCUCCUCCUAGUGCUAGGCGUAGUGACAAUGCUAGUCAAUACGGCUCAUGCAGAAUGCCCGAUACACACAGUGUCCAGUCAGGGAGCACAAGUCUGCUUAACCGGGAUUGGCAUGUUGAACAAUACAAUAUACUCACACGAUGAAAUCUGCAGAAUGUAUAGAGAAACGUUGUAUUGUGUACAGAAACAACUGCAUGUUGUAGGUUUGGACUGUAACCUGCCUGAUAUAGGGGCCAGCUUUACAAAUGUCUUCAGUAUCCUAGGACCAAGCAACUACGAUUUCAGCUCAUGCAAGCUAACGCCAGAAAUUGGGAGCAUUUGCACUAAUGACGAGCGGCUUAGUCAGUACACACUUGUAGCAUGUGGACCCUAUCUGUCACAGAUGAAACUUUAUGGAGACCCGAUCGGAGCUUGUGCGUAUAGUACUCCACUAGUUCAAUGUGCAGAACAAAGUUUGGGUUACCUUAGCGUACACUGCAGUAAGUUCCAAAUUGAGGAAACGUUCAGGAGCCAAUCAGCUAGAAGCUUUUUAAAUAGACAUGCUAAAGGAUUGGACCUGAGUCUUUGCUUUAAGACUUCAGGGACAACAGAUGACAAGAACUGUGUGGACUAUGUCGCUAUAUUUUCGUAUGACAAUGUCCUAGGUUGCAUGAAAAGUAUUGGAAACGUUAAUCUCACCGAUAAUAUGGAUCCCCAAGAUAAAAAGAUGCAGUGCAGCUUUGUACAGGAGGUUUUGGCGUGUAUGGUUCAACAGUUACAAUCGAUGGGAUCACACUGUAGUAUGGCACAAAUGAAGUCAGCCUUGAAUACCUAUACACAUUUGUCAGGAAUGCAGAGUACUCUGGCACGUAUAACAGAGUGUCCAAAUAACGACAGUUACGUUUCUACAUCGAUGUGUAAUGACGACUUUCGACUGGUGUCGUUUAUUGCUACGAGUGGAAACGUCGUGUUGAAAUCACUGGAACAGUAUAACAGCAAGGACCUUGUGUGCGCCAUCUUCAAAGCCCAAUCAGACGUUCUUAUGAACAACUUCAAUGCCAGUUGCUCUUCGUCCAAGAUACUAUCUUCACUGACAUCCUCAUUCGGAGCAUCUUUCUUGAACGGACAUUAUCCAAAGCUAGAUAUUAGUCACUGUGCAGUUGGCACUGUCACACAAUCAGAUACCAUUAAGUCGUAAGAAAACAAAGAGGUGCCAUUCGAAUUUUAAGUUCAAAACGUCUUUUCUUAAUGACAAUUUUUGAAACCUUAAUUGUUUUGUUGUAAAAGUUCCUAGGAUCACAAUAUGCUUAAUAAAGUGAUAGCUAAACUA